ACUUUAGCGACGCGGACAGCACGCGCGUGUCCGCAGAGAAGGCGCACGCCCGCGCGCAUGUAGCAUGUUGGAGCGUCAUCUGUACCUGAACACCGCAGGAGCCUCCACCGGGACAGACAGGCUCAGACGGACGGACGGGGUGCUGUGGAUGUUACCAGACCGCCAUCACCGGGACUAACGUCUGUCCUUUUUACUCGGGAGGUCAGUGAUGACAUCACUCGGCUAUUGCCUGAAACUUCCCAAUUCUUAACCACAUCACCAUGGCAACAGGAAGAAAAGGAUCCACUUCGAAGGCUGGUGGGGUGCGUUUCCCUGAUGACGACCAGCCACCUGGCUCUCCAACAAGGAGAGACAAUGAGUCAAACCUCUGUACUCUCAUUGCUGUCCUAGAAAAAGAUGGCAGCUACUUGGUCAAGGCUGGUUUCCUGAAGUGCCACCACUGUUAUGAAAUUGUCUUCACUGUCCCAGAUGUUCCCACACUGGGCAAAGAGCUCUCCUGUCUUCCUUCCUCCUCACCAUCUCGGAGGUUCCCCAGUCUCCGGGUUCGUCAUAUCAACUCCACACUGGAGGGAGGAGUAAAGGUAACAUGUGAGUACAAGACGCACCAGGAGGGGGUGCUGCAGGAAGAGAUCACCCUGGUAACCAGGGGGAGUAAAGGGAGCAGUCUGAAGAUCAGAUUCCAGGCCAGGGUCAUUGACCCACAUCGCGGGACUCCCAUGCUGCUGGAAGGGGUGAGGUGCCUGGGUGCUCAGAAAGACGCCAACAGAAAGCACAGCGAUCGUGGGAGGAUAUGAUGAAAAAAUACACACAUAUAAUAGAUAUGUAUCCACAAUAGUGUUAUUCAGUGACUGGGUCAUGGCCCAAAGUGGUACUAUGGAAACAGCAAGAUGUGGUCCCCAAAUUUGAAACAUAUUUAUUAGGGCCGGGACUCAAUUAAGAAAAUGAAUCUAAUUAAUUAGAGGCUUUGUAAUUCAUAAUUCGAAAUUAAUCGCAUUUUAAUCACACAUUUGACCUGAGAACAGUGUGAAGUAAUUUUUUUCACAUGGAUUUUUAGUAUACCAUUGAAUAAUGACUAAAUACGUAAGCUUAAGCAACAAAAAUAUUUUUUCAGUCCAACAGACCAGUAGCCUGGCUAACACCAGACUAAUCACAAAUGAGAUUAGUCUGGAAACCAGCCAUUCGUUUCUCUGUAGAGGAGGCGUGGUUUACGAUCCUCCAGAGCCGUUUAUUGGGCGCUUAGAAUGUCAAUCAAAAGCGUCUGUAGGUAGCUCUUAGCCAAUCGUAUCAGUUAUAUCAGAUGACGUAUGUAGAGCGACAGAAAUUGAUGUUUGUUGUGUGUGUGUGUGUGUGUGUGUGUGAGAGAGAGUGUUGCUUGCUGCUUUGCUUCUCCAGUUCUCGCUUUCUGCAAGAUUAUUUAUUUUCACGCCUUCAUCUACAUCCACUGAUUUUAUGGGCAAUAGACGAGCUGCUGCGGGUCUCUCGGCGGCUCCGCUGUCCCCAGGGUCGUAGUGAGAUCACCGGUGUUACAGCAUUGAGCGGUAUCGGGGCUAGUUGGUAGAUCAGGCUUUUGCCAAAUCCUGUCAGAAGAAAGGCUAAAACAUCCUUUCUCGUGGUGAAACAUGAGUGUAAAGUCAAACGUCCUUUUUUUAAAAUAAACUUUGGCUCUUAACUAUUUAAAACGGCGUCUACAGCUAAAGAGAGUUUCGCGUCUAAUGCAGCCAUGUUGGAUCCGUAAGAAAACUACAAAACUACAAGCUUCCGUCUGCCGAGUAGUACGCGUCAUCGUCUUACCGUCCCUCUGUGAUUGGAUCCCUAAAACAGGGCUAAGAAACGGCUGUAGUUUCCAGACUGCCUGGAGGUUUGAAAUGAAAUUUGAGCAUGCAAGGCAGUAUGGGUAUACCCAGGCUAACAGACCAGUGCAAUUUUUGCCAUUAAGUGUAGCAAUAGCAUAUUUAGAAAUAUAGUACAUUUCAGAAAUUCAGGUAGCCUAUAGGUAGGUAGACCUCCUGUAAACUAUAAUACUUUGGUUUUUUAAGUAAAACACAAUCCACGCUAGCUACCACACUAGCCGCUAGCUGCUAUAUGUUUUGCAUUGAGGUGAUACUUGAGGCUCGAUGUGCUGAUAUGUGAAUUCCUUGUUGCUUAGCAACACAACUAUGCUCUUAUUGACGCUUCCAUCCGUUGUUUUUUUGUAACAAAAUGUCCCAUCAUCCAUGGGGCCAACCAAAGUGCUCUCAUCAGCUUCUUCCUUCAUGUUCACUGUGGUUUGUUGUUGUCUGAACUCAUGAACGCUAGUUGGUGCUCCAGUAUAAUCGGUCAGCUUGAAACCCAUCCAGUGAGAAACGUU